GUUUUUAACGAGCCACAGAAAUAGUGUCAGUUGUCUAUUCAGUAGGAGAAGUCUAUUUUCCAACAAUCAGGAUGAAACUGUUCAGUCUUUCCGAUAUUUUGCCCCUUUUCAGACCACACAGCUACUGCUGCGCUUUAAUAUGAAAAACCAUUAUGACAGCUAUCCCGAGUAAUACUAAUUCUAGAUCUGAAAUGAACUUUCCUACCACAUUUCUUGAUUGAAAAGAAGCGCUUAGCAGAAAUACUUAGCAGACUCUUAGCAGACUUGUUCUCGGUAGACGCGCGGGUCUGAGCACUAGGAUUAUAGCCUAGUCCCUCACGACCUCUUUGUCAACAUGGCGGCCGCCGGAUUUGUUGUACAGAGGAAAAGACGUAGAUAAUAGAAAGUUCAUCGUUUUCAGUAAAUCAAGGAAGAGAUGGCACUCUACAGUUUGAUUAAUACUUACUCCAGGAAUCACUUGCAUCCCGGAUUCUGUCGUCAUUUUGGUCAACGAAAUAUUACAAUUUGGAAAAACUUUAUUCGUCCAACAUGUGCACGCGAGCUUAAGCUUACAUCACUUUUCGAUUCAACUCGGAGUUCUUUGCUCGCAGCAAGUUGCGCUGGUAUUACCAAACAUUUCUCGAUAUGGAGCAAGCACUCUUUACUUUGUCCAUAUCAAAAGUGUCUGGAAAGGCGAUUUAAUGUGAGCUUGCAUAAAUCAGGUGUACAUUGCUCGAGGAGUUUAUUACAAGAAGAAGUCGUUGCACAACAUAGUACGAGUAUAGAAGGGGAAAAACUUAUUGAAAGUGAGAUGCUUGAAGGAAACACGACUUUAAAUGAAUCGUCAGUCAGCGAAGAUGUAACUACGCAAUACCGUGAAACUUCCGAAGUUACAGUGGAUACGGCCACUGAAAAUACCAGAAUUACUGAAUCUUUAACAACUUGUACAGUGGAACGUUCCACUUUGAGCGAUACGCAGACUUCAUCUACAAGGACUAUGUCCAGGAAAGAAAGUUCUUCCCAGGCACCAGUUACUCUCACAGCAGAAAAGGUAGAUACUUUUCUGAAUGGCUUCUUUGGAGACAGGCGAAUAAAAAAAGCUGCCCAUCAACAUGGUAUAAAUGACGUUUUAUUUGAGAAGAUAUUUCUACAGUUUAGAAAGAAACUUCUUCUACAGAUAAGGAAAGGCAACGGGGGAAUGUUGCAAGCAUUUAGUACAUCUUAUUAUAAAUCUGACUGUGUGGCAAAUCUUUUUCCUUUAUUUCUGGGGUAUGCAAGACAAGCACAUCCUAUGCUAAACUGCAUUGAUGAGGUGAAAAAGAUAUCAGACUUGCGUGGUCCUGCUGAUCUGUUCCCAUUCGCCAGGGAAAUGAAAAGAAAAAUUAUAUUUCAUGCUGGUCCAACAAACAGUGGUAAGACCCACACAGCUAUUGAGAGAUUCCGAGAAGCUGACACUGGAUUGUACUGUGGGCCACUGCGGCUGCUAGCCACAGAAGUAUUCAGGAGAACAAAUGAUGCUGGAGUGCCUUGUGACUUAGUCACUGGUGAGGAACGGCAAUGGGCAGUAUCACCAGAUCAACCAGCCAAUCACAUUGCUUGUACUGUUGAGAUGUGCUCUACUAGAACACCUUAUGACUGUGCAGUAAUAGAUGAAAUUCAGAUGAUAAAAGACAGUGACAGAGGCUGGGCAUGGUCCCGUGCUCUUCUAGGUCUUCCAUGCUUGGAAAUUCACCUUUGUGGAGAAAGCUCUGCUAUAAAUAUUGUAAAAAGAAUAGUGUCCUCUUGCAAUGAUGAAAUGGAGGUUCACCAUUAUGACAGACUUUCUCCUCUGGAUAUCAGCCAAAAUAGUCUUGGCGGAAGUUUUAAAAAGAUCAAGCCAGGAGAUUGUGUUGUGGCAUUUUCCCAGCGUGAUUUGUAUCAAGUUAGAAGGGAGAUUGAAAAGGACAGUAAACAGAAGUGUGCCAUUAUUUAUGGAGGUCUUCCACCAGCCACUAAAAUGGAGCAGGCGUACAAGUUCAAUGAUCCUUCAGACAAGUGUUCUGUCCUUGUGGCAUCGGACGCUAUUGGAAUGGGGCUAAACUUGAAUAUUAAAAGGAUUGUUUUUAGUACUCUGUUGAAAUACGAUGGAACCCGCACUGUACAGCUGACUUCUUCUCAAGUAAAGCAGAUCGCUGGUCGAGCUGGCAGAUAUGGCUCAAAUCACCCCGAGGGGGAAGCUACUGCGUUGAGUGGUCAGGACUUCAUAGUUCUUCAAAGGCUGAUGAAAGAACCAAUCGAAGACGUUCAGGCAGCAGGGUUAGCACCAAGCAUGGAACAAAUCGAAAUGCUCUCUGAACAACUACCAAAAGCAAGUCUACUGAAAUUAUACGAAGUGUUUGAAAGUGUGGUUCAGUUGGAUGGCGCCAAUUAUUUCAUCUGCGAUUUGGACGAUCAAAAGUAUGUAGCUAAAAAAUUACAAGAGAUUCCCUUAUCCAUAAGAGACCAGUACGUGUUCAGCACAGCACCGAUCAAUAUAAAGAAGCCACUGACAAUUAACCUAGCAAUCCAGUUUGCAGAAUGCGUGAGCCGUGAUUCCGCCAUGACAUCUUCAAAGCUCAAAGCGUCCUUAAAAUGGCCGCCUAGUGUACCCAGGUCCUUUGAACAACUGCAGAAUCUAGAGAUGCUACACGAGGGACUGGAUCUAUAUCUGUGGCUCUGUUAUCGAUUCCCUCAUAUAUUUGUUGAUCAAGAGAGCGUCUGUGAAAUGCAGGACCGCGUGGAAGCUAUCAUAGGAGAAGCUGUAUCAUCCAGCACGUUUGGGGCGUACAUAACACGAACACAGCGACCGCGCCAACCCAGAAGGCGCUUUAACGAUGAAGCGCAAGCCAGGUGGUUUAGAUAUCAUAAAUUUUAAGAAAAUCUGUAAAUUUGAAGAAAUUUCCACCAUGAAAUUGUGGACAUUUGUCAAGUGCUGUCAUUGACAGGUUUUCCUUGAAUUGUAUGUACAGUUGCACUCGACAAAAGAUCUGUAUAAUUAUUGUAUUGAGCUUCGUUCAGAUAUCAUAUUUCAACUUGGGCUAUCUUCCAAAAAUCAUUUCAGUACAAAAUUGCGAAUAAAAACGAUGAAAAAACA